AUGUCGAAUUUUUUGGUUAAAUUUCGUGAAAUUGAGUUAAAAAUACUCAAUAAUGUCUCUAAAAAGUUCACUCCGGAGUAUUUUUGCGGUGGAGUUGAUGAGGAUUAUGUGAAUCUAAUAAAUCAUCUUCUGACUGGCCAGUACCAAUCAUUCAUUGAAAAUCCUCUGGUCAAAAAUCUUUUAAAAUUCAAAAUCAUUUCAGAGGACGAUGCUACUUCUGCUAAUUUUGACUCAAUUCUACCUAAUCAAUUAGGAGAUGAAUUAGUGAAAAAUAUAGCCCAGUACAUCGCUGGGGAGGAAGAGGAUGUUAUGAUUAGUGAAAAUGAGAAAAUUUGGAGGCAUUUUGUUAUACUUUCUCUCGCCGUGUCAUUGUUGCAUUUGUUCCUACAACAAAAUUGGGUUGGACCCCCAAUCACUAAUUGCCCUCUGUUAGGCAGCGAUGCCAAGAGAAUUAUGAAAAUGGAUGAACAGAUGAAAACGCAUUUCUGUGUGAACGGCGAACACGUGAACGAGUGUUCAUCCCAUCUGGUUUACCUCUUUUUUGCUAACUUGAUACUCGUCAGGUUCGAGGAAGAACUGAGUAGAUAUUUCAGU